AUGCCCGAUUCCAAGACUCAAGCCGGCAUUCGACAAGCGUUGGAACAUGCGCGGAAUUGUGAAACUGAAACGGUGGAUUCCCAAACCACGGCCACCCUCGAAGCCGCCAUCAGCGAUCUAUGGAACCGGAUCCAGGCCGAACCAGACAGCUAUGUCUUGAACCGAGACGAAUUCGCCCUCUUCAACUAUUUUCUGGAACGGUAUCGUGGUUCCAAUGUGGCCCAGAAGGCCGUCGCGCGAUUUUGGAACAACUACCACGAAUAG